AUGUCGGACUUUGACGGCGAAAUGGAUGUGGACGACCCGCCCUCCAAAAAUGCUGCCCAGUUCAGCUCCGAUAAUACCAAUGGAAGAGGCAAAAGAAUAGCCGCGGAUCUUCCCAUCGAAGCAGAGGACGUUCUGCCAUGGUAUUAUUGCCUCUGGGUCUUAUCAUUUCUUCCCCAUUUCCAGCGGGAGAAGCAGCUAAUAGUUUUCUCGAGAAGGGUCGAAAAGUACCGCCCAAACUCCCUAGAAGAGGUAUCCGGACACCAUGAUAUCAUUAGUACUAUUAACAGGUUUAUCGAUAAAAAUCGAUUGCCUCAUUUGCUCCUCUACGGUCCCCCAGGCACGGGAAAAACGUCGACCAUCCUUGCCCUAGCACGGCGGAUAUAUGGGGUGAAUAAUAUGCGACAGAUGGUCCUGGAGUUAAAUGCCAGCGAUGACAGAGGAAUUGACGUUGUAAGAGACCAGAUCAAAACAUUCGCUAGCACCAAACAAAUAUUCUCUGUGGCUCCAACUACCAAGUCAGAAUCAACCCUUGGAGCGUUCAAAUUAAUCAUCCUUGAUGAAGCCGAUGCGAUGACAGCGACUGCGCAGAUGGCACUCCGCCGCAUCAUGGAAAAAUACACCGCGAACACUCGAUUUUGUAUCAUUGCAAACUACACACACAAGCUCUCUCCCGCGCUACUGUCGCGGUGUACGCGAUUCCGAUUUAGUCCGUUGAAGGAGGAAGAUAUCCGCGUGCUAGUAGACCAGGUUGUCGAGAAGGAGCAGGUGCGGAUACAGCCGGAAGCAAUCGACAGCCUUGUGCAGUUGAGCAAGGGAGACAUGAGACGAGCACUGAACGUACUCCAGGCAUGCCACGCAAGCAGUAUACCCCUUCCCACGAAAAACGGCCCGAAAGCCCAGCCAACUUCCGAACACGAAACCAUAACCGAUGAAACUAUCUAUACUUGCAUCGCAGCCCCACAUCCAUCCGACAUUAAAACGAUUAUCACCACAUUAUUAACAACCAGCGACGUGACAUCAUGUUUGAACACUAUCAAAACAUUGAAAUCGACUAAGGGACUUGCCUUGGCGGAUAUCUUGACCUCAAUAUCGACAGAGCUGCAACGCAUUGAAGUGCCUGCCGCAACACGAAUAGUCUGGAUGGAAGGGCUUGCAGAUAUCGAAUGGCGCCUAGCCGGUGGUGGAGGGGAGAUGGUGCAGACAGGUGGGUUGGUUGGAGUAGUACGCGGGGGAUGCGAAUUAGCAGGAAGUUUAGAUGUUCGUCAAAAUCCCUGA